UUUAUUUAUUAGGCAGACAUUACUGCUCGUUGUUUAAUUAAACAAUGAUUAUUAUACAACUGAUGACUUUGUUGAUGAUUUUGCAGACUGAAACAACAGUUGCCCAAGAAUCCGGACUCUCUCCAGUUUUGCCUGAGCUUUCCGAUGUCCCUCUCAGGAAUAUUAAUAACUUUACGUUUAAUGGUGUUUUUAAAAACAUGGACAGUGUGACAUCAUUUCUAGAUUGCCUUGGAUCUCAUUUCACUUGGUUGCAAAAUAUAUUUACAAAUUUCCCUGCGCUGCUAAAUUUUGUGAGCAGACUGAAAUGUGUCACCGGGCUGUGCCCCAAAGUCUUUGAAGAUUAUGGUUGCACUUGUAGAUACGAGAUGGAAGGACUCCCCGUUGAUGAAACCGAUAGCUGUUGCUUCCAACACCGAAAAUGUUAUGAAGAAGCCCUUGAGCUGGAUUGCAGCUGGGACCCGGCGAAAAUUACUGCCGAUGUCAGCUGCCUCUCCAAGAACCUCACGUGUGAGACCGGCGAUGCGUGUGAGAAACUUCUAUGCCAUUGUGACAAAGCUGCCAUUGAGUGCUUGGUGAACGCACACAUUAACUCUUCGAUGAAAGGAAUUGAUAUCACAUUCUGUCCGGCUCUAGUUACUGCCUCUCCGGACACAACAGUGAAGAAUAACAAGAUGGCCCUUGACGCAAUAGUGCAACAAAACCGAAGCGUGGAUGCCGCAUAUUCCCCAACAAGAGAAGGAGAACUCUUUGGUUUCCAGAACGAUGUGACGACCUUCCCUUCUGCAGAGGAGACAACGGAAGGAACAGAAGCCGCACCCCAGAUAUUGAGUACACCAGCAACCGGACCCCCAGAAGUGCUGUGUUAUAUGAGAUUUCCCGACCCAGAGUGCACCACAGUUUAUGGGAAUUCUGUGUUCCGAGAUACCGUACUUGACAGCGAGCGUUAUAUAUUAAUAAACACCAAGACAUGCCGUAGUACGACUGAAAUGUGUGAUCCCGACAGCUCUGUAAAAAAAUAUUUUUUGUAUUUUACAGCUACAGAAGCAGCCAGUGUGAUUGGAUUCGGAACUUUUGAAAUGGGUGUUACCCGUAAAAGCAGUGUUACUCCUGCAGGAGAAAGCAGUUCCCGCAAAAUCAUCACAACGCCUACAAAGACAGGUUUUAAGAUGGCAAAUGAAAGCACGGCUCAUUCUGCGGCAUCUCCUGUCAACCCAGUAACUGAAAGUGAACUCCACGAAUCUUUAGAACGAGUGUGCGACAGGUACCACUUCCAUCAAACGAAAGAGGAUGGAAAUGUAAAGGCUGAGCUGCCGCUCCUCGGGGAAAUGCUUUUCUGCCUGACCGGCCGAUGUCCAGAAGAAUUCGAAUCUUACGGAUGUUACUGCGGCCAGGAGGGCAAAGGGAAUCCCGUCGAUACAUUGGACAGCUGCUGUUUCUCCCAUCAGUGUUGCAUCGAUCAUCUGAAGAAACUAGGCUGCCAAUCAGAGAGAAAUAUAAGGUCGGAGGUCGUGUGUUUGGACAACAAGCCAACAUGUGUAGGAUGGAGUAUCUGCGAUAAGUUACUGUGCGCGUGUGAUAAGGCUGCUGCAGAAUGCAUGGCCGCCGCUCCGCUCAACGAGACUGUCAGAUCGCUGAACAGAGACCAGUGCCGGGGCGAGACCGUGGUCUGUAGCAACGGCGGAGCGCAAGAAAAACCAGACCGGGCUAUCGCCGCUAAAUCCGAGAGCUCGAGCUCGGAGGAGAGCAGCGAGGAACGCAGCCCAAUGCGGGAAAUCGUGGGAGCCGGACACAUGCGUAAACCCAAUACCGGGUCUCCAGCGCCCCGUGGACGACGGCCACGCUCUGUAUAUCUGGGAAAGUAGGGAAUACGGAAAAUGUAUAAAAUAUAUAAUAGUUCCCAUUCUCUCUUGUUCCUAACUAAUUCAUAUAUAAAGAGGAGAAUUGUUUUUUUUACGCAUAAUCUAGUUUUUGCUCUUAUUCGGGAUAUGAGGUAGGUUAAUGUACAGAUUCGGGUAACAAUGAAAAAGGAAACACGGACCAUAGCGA